AUGGAGAGAACUGAUAUCUCAGAACUUCCUGAAGAUAUACUGAAAGAAAUUAUGGUACGUGUGCCUCUUGAAUCUUUGGUUGAUCAAUGCAUCUGUGUCUGCAAGAAAUGGAGAUCAACAAUCCGUGGAGAAGAAUUCAAAAAGCUUUACUGGGCCCAAUCCAUUACAAGACCUCGCUUGCUCUUCGACUACAUUCGGACGUUCGCCGAACAGUCAGAUUAUUUGUUUCAGUCUGUUUAUCAACAAGAGGAACCGUUGUUGUCGUCUGCUCUAAAACAGAUGAUUAUCUCUUCAGCACGAGAGUAUAAAAUGUUUUGUGCACCCCAACGAGGUUUGGUCUGUCUUGAAUAUGAAACAAAGUUUGUGCUAUGCAACCCGGCCACCAACAAGUUUAAGGCUUUACCGGAAUGCAAGAGGCUUCGACCAGAAAGAGAGUCGAAAAUAAUUUGUUUCUUCGGAUACGAUGAAGUUACAAAAGUAUUCACAUUUUUAAUCUCGGAAACUGAUUAUCGUUUUACACGUAAAUAUUCGCAUAAGCCAUUAAUGCCACAUCAAGUUUUCACGGUUGAGCUAGCCGAGCUCGAGAAUAUCAAAGAAAAAACUUGGAGAGUGAUCAAAUGUGAGCAUAAUCAUUCCCAGUUACUAAAUCACUAUGUCUGA